AUGACCUGCGUGAUCAGUGACUUCCCACCCAAAGCUUUGGGUACAGAAUCUGGCUGGCCUGUUACCCUCUUCUCCAGGGAAGUUCAGAAUUCCCCACUCUACCAAUAUCUGCAGGAUCUGGGACACACGGAUUUUGAAGUAUGUUCAUCUGUGUCGCAGAAGGCAGAGCAAUGUGCAGCAGCAGAAAGCCAAAGAGAACGGACUCUGCAUGCUGCCCAGAAACAAGGCAUCCUGUCAAAACUAGUUGAGUUCUUUAGAAGUUGGUUUCCUUUUCCACAAUAUAAGAAAAACGAUGACAUACUUCACCGACUGGAUGUUGGAUUCCGAUUUGACACGCUCCGUACCAUCCUGCAACAGGAAGUUCUGCUGCAGGAGGAUGUGGAACUGAUUGAGUUCCUUGACCCCAGUAUCCUGUCUGCAGGGCAGUGUAAGCAACAGGAAAAUGGGCAGCUUCCAACGCUACGCUCCCUAGCAACUCCUAAUAUUUGGGAUGUCUCGCUGUUGCUUGCCUUUGUAAGUGCACUGCUUAUGCUUCCUUCGUGGUGGAAGGAAUCAUCGUGGCUGCUGUGGGGACUAGUUCUGCUUGUCUACGCAGUCCUUCGAGUGUGGGGCACAUGGAGGACAGCCAAGCUGCAAAUGUCCCUGCGAAAAUACUGUAUCCAGCUGGAAGAAACAGUGGCGAAUAGCCGAGCUUUUACUAAUCUCGUGAGGAAAGCUCUACGACUCAUUCAAGAGACUGAAGUAAUUUCCAGAGGAUUUACCCUUUUGCUUGACAGGGUCAGUGCCGCUUGCCCAUUUAAUAAAGCUGGACAGCAUCCUAGUCAGCAUCUUAUUGGUCUCCGGAAAGCCGUUUAUCGAUCUGUCAGAGCCAACUUUCGAGCUUCAAGACUGGCUACUCUAUACAUGCUGAAAAACUACCCUUUGAACUCGGAGAGUGACAACGUGACCAGCUACAUCUGUGUAGUCCCCUUUAAGGAGCUGGGUCUGGGACUGAGCGAAGAGCAGGUCUCUGAAGAGGAGGCACACAAUCUAACCGAUGGCUUCAGCUUGCCUGCACUCAAGGUCCUCUUUCAGCUCUGGGUAGGGCAGAGUUCAGAAUUCUUCAGGAGGCUGGUGCUGCUCCUCUCCCCAGCCAAUGCAUCCCCCAAGCCCUUGGUCUCCCCUGAACGACUGCCUCAUCAUAUCUUGUCUGAUGUGACUCAAGGCCUACCUCAUACACAUGCUGCCUGCUUAGAGGAGCUUAAGCGAAGCUAUGAGUUUUAUCGGUACUUUGAAACUCAACAUCAGUCGGGUUUUGAACGGCCAACCAGAACAAAGCAGAAGUCAAGAGAGCUGAACAGUCUUCAGACAGCGGUACGCAGCUUGCAGCUUCAUCUCAAGGCACUGCUCAAUGAGGUAAUAAUUCUUGAGGAUGAACUUGAAAAACUUGUUAGCACUAAGGAGACACCUGAGUUGACAACAGAAGCCCAUCAGGUUCUGGAACAAAAACUAAAGUUUAUUCAGCCUCAUAUCCAGGCGAGCAACAGCUGCUGGGAAGAAGCCAUUUCUCAGGUGGAAAAAAUGAGUGGAAGAAACCCAAAUAAAAAAGGCAAACUUGAAGUUUCCUGUGACAACCUACAGCAUACUACAGUACCUUUAACACAGCCUGCCAUACACAUAGAAAACAAAGAUCCAAUCCCUGAAGAGCAGGAAUUGGAAGCAUAUGUUGAUUAUUCAGAUACAGAGAAUGAAUACAGAAGGGAAGAUUUUUACUGCUUUUCCCAGGAAGAAAGAGAGAGGCAAGAACGAGAGAGACAGGAAUCUAAGAGGGUGUUACAAGAAUUGAAAUCUGUACUGGGAUUUAAAGCUUCAGAAAUAGAAAGACAGAAAUGGAAACAGCUGCUAUUCAGUGACCAUGCUGCAGUGAAACCCUUGUCUCCUGUAGAACCGCUGAAGCUACUAAAUAAUUUGGAAUCACAUAUGAAUUCAGAUACAGAAAAGCAGGACUGCAGCCAAAGUUGUGAUAAAUCUGAAGAAAAAGACUCUAAUCCGAAAGUGAAUGCUGCUGAUAAAAGCAGGACAGAAUAUUUGUAUGAAGAUCCUGAGAUGGAGGAAAACAAAGACAGUGCUACUGAUGAAGGUAUUUCUACAGGGGCUGAAGAAAGAAUGUGUUAUCAGCAUGAAGGGGAAGUUGAAGAACUCAAGCCGAGCAAUAUGGAUGGGGUAGAGGUUUCACAGCCUCCCUCUAAGGAUGCAUUACAUUCAAAAAUCAAGCAUAGGCUGGCCCAGCUCCACAUAUCAACAGAUUUAAACUUCACAUCUGGUCUGGCUGCACAAGUUGCUGCCAGGUCUUUCACUUUUACUACAAUGCAAGAAGAGACUUUUGGAGAUGAGGAGGAGGAAGAGGAGGAGCAGGAGGAAGAAGAGAAGACACAGAAGCAUGAAGACCUUGUGGAGGACUGUGAGAAUGAAGAUAGAGGCUCUGAAAGUGAAGGAAAAGUAUAA